AUGACGUCCCAACGCAAAGCGGAUCCCGUCAGCGCCCUGAACUAUGACUGCCUGAACCUCGAGUUCCAGAAGUUGAGCUUGCAGGAUCUAGCACGUGCUGAGCAAGUGUCCACAACCUGGAAAAGCGCAGUCGAGGACUGGGCGUCGGGGCAAGGUUUGCUAUACCACUUCCCUGAUGUCUGGAAAAAGGUGAACGCCAAGCAUCACCUUCGCACGACGGAAGGAAAGAAAAUUGCGCUGGCAGCGUUUAAACAGGCUGCGUCGGAAAAGCUCACCACUGACAGAUGGCUCACUGCCAAUCCCAAAUGGGCCAUUGAGUACGGCGCCGGCCACGACGACCAUGAGACAAGAGGCAUUUCAGCCGCUGGCAAUUUCAUUGCCUGGGGUAAGAAAGACCCGGGCUGUAUCUUCUACCAACGAGUCGGGUAUCAACCGAGUGACGAUGGAAGCCGGUUGCCAUACCCAGUGAAGAAGCUAAACCUGGACGCUCUGCGGAACGCGGCUACCUAUUGGAUGUACAUGCAUGCUGGGGGAUUGUUAUAUGUCACCAGACGUGUACUCCAAAUAAGCUACAUGGAGCACGUAUUCGACCUGGAAACCGGGAAGGAGCUCUGGUCCAAAGAGGUGCUUUGCUAUCCUACCACCGAUCGCUCCAACCCAUGGCAUACACUUCACCUACCCGCCGCAAUAGGAUGGGAGAGGCUUUAUCGGCCCACGGAAACAGGGUCAGUAAUGGAGGCUUACGAUUUAAGGACCGGCGCCUUGCUAUACUCUAUUCCCUGGGCCCUGGGCUUUACACAGAAGAUAGACUACACCCAUGUCUGGCGCCUCCAGGGACGGGAAAUCAUCGUGGUGAUCUCCGUUACCAGCAACCAACAGCCACCGAUAGCGCGCUUCCAUCUCAUUGACGCCCAGAUCGGACACCGCAUCCAGCUCAUUGAGCACAAAUGCUCGCCUCCCGUUCCCGGAGCGUCUGCGUUCCAUGACCCCCUGUUCUACGCCUCCACUCGCCGCGGAGAACUUUCAUUUGCGGUAGUGGAAGAGAUAGACCAUCCUACUCCACGCCUGGGGAAAACCCACGCAACUAUCCAAAUAUACGACUAUGACGCCCCAGUUGGACAAUUUGUCGCCAGGAGCCCGGAAACCUUGUCUCUUAGGGGCAUGGGAUUCGGAAGUUGGCACUUCUUGAACUGCAGAAGGGCCUAUGAUCCCUUCCGGCGCUUUCUUGUGGAUCGGUUUACGCUCUUCCCGUUCGGAGAGACUGAGGACGGUGUUACACGCUUGGCCGCAGGAGUGAAUAUUGCUCAUGACUCUCGCGCCGAGAACAAGGCGCUGGAUAUCGGAUGGUCAUCGCCUGAGAGAAUAUCGGUGGAUACGUUCCAGGCUUUUCGGAUCGGACGCAAUAGACUGUUCGUUGGAAUGGAUGAUACAGGGAAAGACCGGGGCUUUGCGAAUGCCGCGCAGAUUGUGGAGUUUGGCCAUGGCUCAGACGUGCCUCCGCCGACGGAGGAUACUCUCGUUGAUCCAAAUGAGGACCAUGGUAUCAUGAUACGUGAUCCUUGUCGUUACGUGUAA